AUGAUCUGCUUGUUUCUGUGUUUUAGGAUUGCAGCAAGAUGUCUGCAAACAGAAAAAUGAGAGAUGUUGACCUCAACCCAUGUAUGGAGGAAAGUGAUGCUUCAGCAAAGUGCUUGGAUGUGAAUUUGUACCAAAAAGAUAUGUGUACCUCAUACUUUAUCCGAUACAAACAGUGCAGGAAGUUCUGGGUAAGUAUAAAACUUUGA